CCCUCCGCCUCCCCCGCUCCCCGCGCCGCAGCCAUGGGUCCCGGAGCCGCACGGGCGCCGGCGCUGCGGCUCCUCGCGCUGGGCGCGCUGCUGUGGCCGGCGGCCGGAGCCUGGGAACUCACCGUCCUGCACACCAACGACGUGCACAGCCGGCUGGAGCAGACCAGCGAGGACUCCAGCAAGUGCGUCAACGCCAGCCGCUGCGUGGGCGGCGUAGCGCGCCUCUUCACCAAGGUGCAGCAGAUCCGGCGCGCGGAGCCGCACGUGCUGCUGCUCGACGCCGGCGACCAGUACCAGGGCACCAUCUGGUUCACCGUGUACAAGGGCGCCGAGGUGGUGCACUUCAUGAACGCCUUGCGCUACGAUGCCAUGGCACUGGGAAAUCACGAAUUUGAUAAUGGUGUAGAAGGACUGAUUGAUCCACUCCUCAUAGGGGCCAGUUUUCCAAUUCUGAGUGCAAAUAUUAAAGCCAAGGGGCCACUAGCAUCUCAAAUAUCAGGACUUUAUUUGCCAUAUAAAAUUAUUCAUGUUGGUGAUGAAGUUGUGGGAAUUGUUGGAUAUACUUCAAAAGAAACCCCUUAUCUCUCCAAUCCAGGAAGGAAUUUAGUAUUUGAAGAUGAAAUCGCUGCACUGCAACCUGAAGUAGAUAAACUAAAAACUCUAAAUGUGAACAAAAUUAUUGCACUGGGACACUCUGGUUUUGAAAUGGAUAAACUCAUCGCUCAGAAAGUGAAGGGUGUGGACCUCGUGGUCGGAGGACACUCCAACACAUUUCUUUACACAGGCACUCCACCUUCCAAAGAGGUGCCGGCUGGAAAGUACCCAUUCAUAGUCACAUCUGAUGAUGGGCGGAAGGUUCCUGUGGUCCAGGCCUAUGCGUUUGGCAAAUACUUGGGCUAUUUGAAGGUUGAGUUUGAUGAAAAAGGAAAUGUCAUCGCUUCGCAUGGAAAUCCUAUUCUUCUCAACAGCAGCAUUGUGGAAGAUCCAAACAUAAAAGCAGACAUUAACAAAUGGAGGAUAAAAUUAGAUAAUUAUUCUACUCAGGAAUUAGGGAAAACAGUUGUCUAUCUGGAUGGCUCCACUCAGUCAUGCCGCUUUAAGGAAUGCAACAUGGGCAACCUGAUUUGUGAUGCCAUGAUUAACAACAACAUUAGACACUCGGAUGGGGUGUCCUGGAACCAUGUGUCCAUGUGCAUUCUAAAUGGAGGUGGCAUUCGGUCACCCAUUGACGAGCGGAAUAACGGCACAAUUACCUGGGAGAACCUGGCUGCUGUAUUGCCCUUCGGAGGAACCUUUGACCUGGUCCAAUUAAAAGGCUCCACCCUGAAGAAGGCCUUUGAGCACAGUGUAUACCGCUACGGCCAGUCUACUGGAGAAUUCCUACAGGUGGGCGGAAUUCAUGUGGUGUAUGAUCUUUCCCGAAAACCUGGGGACAGAGUGGUCAAAUUAGAUGUUCUUUGCACCCAGUGUCGAGUGCCCAGUUAUGAGCCUCUCAGAAUGGAUGAGAUAUAUAAGGUUAUCCUCCCAAGCUUCCUUGCCAGUGGUGGAGAUGGAUUCCAGAUGAUAAAAGAUGAAACAUUAAGACAUGACUCUGGUGACCAAGAUAUCAACGUGGUUUCUGGAUAUAUCUUAAAAAUGAAAGUAAUUUAUCCAGCAGUUGAAGGUCGGAUCAAGUUUUCUGCAGGAAGUCAUUGUCGUGGAAGCUUUUCUCUAAUAUUUCUUUCCUUUUUGGCAGUGAUCAUUCUUUUAUACCAGUAGCCAAAAAUUCCUCUUGCCAGUAAUGUGUGGAACUGCAUUGUUUUUUUCAAGUGAGAUUGAAGUCUGCAUUUUAGGAACUGGCUUGGUGAUGGCACAGACCAUCUUUGCUGGCCCCUAGAAGCUGAGCUUGGAGACUUGUAAAUGAAGACACUGACAUCAUCACUCAGGAUCAGCAAGUCACUGAAUACACAGGAAAAACUGAAAACGAGCCCUUUGAGGGGAAAGUCGAUCAUCUUUAGUUUACAUAUGCAAAUUUUAAUAAAAUUUUAUUAACAAUUUUAAACCAUAGAAAUUUUUCUCCUUUAUAUCCAUUUUAAUCCACCAAACAACUUAUGUUUACAUAGAACUUUAUCAUUUCAAAGGAAUUUUAAGCACAUAAUCUUAUUUGAUGCCUAUAACUUUCUUUGGUAGGCAAAGCAGGUGUUUUUUGUUUUUGUUUUUUUUCCCAUUUGG